CUAGAUCCCUAAUUUGUGCUUCCAGUUGACUGGCUGACUGCGUAUUGAAGAGGGAAGAACGAAGAAGACCCACAGCGGCACAACCUCUCCACCGGCGCCGAAGCCUCUCGCUUCCUCCUUCUCUCGCCGCUGGCUUAAGAGAAGAAGAUCGCCGCCUCUCACUGCCUCAGCCUCUCGUCGCCGGCUUCAGAGAAGAAGAGAGCCGCCGCCUCUCGCCGUCGCCCUCUCCGCCGUCUCUCACGGCCGCCCUCUUCACCGCCUCUCGCCGCUGCCCUUUCUGAAGCUUGCCGCUGCAGGGCCGUCGCCUACCACCGCCGCCCGCGGCACAUCCGUUCCCUCUCUGCCGCCGCCGUACAGGCUAGAAUUUCGUGGAAAGACUUCACAGGUUGUAUACAAUUACAAUGUCUGAGAGGACAUUUCUAAUUCUCUUCUUCGCCAUCGGUAUUCUAAGUCUCUCGGGCUUCACCAUAUCUACUGAAGAUCCCCCUCCAAAUAUCACUUCAUACACUCCUCAACUCCAGUUCGCCUGUAAGCCACCAUACAACUCGUACCAAUUUUGCAACACCUCUCUUGCAGUGGCAGCCAGAGCCACAUCUCUCAUCUCCCUCCUUGCCCUCCCUGAGAAGAUCGGACUGCUCAUCGAAAACGCCGCCAGCGUGCCAAGACUCGGCAUACCGGCCUAUCAGUGGUGGUCGGAGUCUCUGCAUGGAGUUGGCGGCAGUGGCCCCGGAGUCAGCUUCAACGGCAUAAUUCCAGCCGCCACCAGCUUCCCUCAAGUCAUCGUCACCGGAGCUUCUUUCAACAGGAGUCUCUGGUACAAGAUCGCUUCGGCCAUUGGGGUUGAGGGCAGAGCCUUCUUCAAUGUUGGGCAGGCUGGUUUGACAUUUUGGGCGCCCAAUGUUAACAUAUUCAGAGACCCCAGAUGGGGGAGAGGUCAAGAGACGACGGGAGAAGAUCCGCUGGUUGCGGCGGCUUAUGCCAUCGAGUUUGUGAAGGGAUUUCAAGGGGAGGAUCGGAGACGUGGCCGUACAAGUGGUGGUGAGAGGAGAGAGCUGCAGCAGCGGGCAGGAGAAGGGAGGAGCGACGACAUUGGGCUGAUGGCGUCUGCAUGUUGCAAGCACUACACUGCUUACGAUUUGGAGAAGUGGGGGAUUUACGACAGAUACAACUUUGAUGCCAUGGUGACCAUUCAAGACAUGGAGGACACAUAUCAACCACCUUUUGAAAGUUGUGUGGAACAAGGUGGAGCAAGUUGUUUGAUGUGCUCAUAUAAUUCUGUCAAUGGUGUGCCUACUUGUGCGCAAAAAAAUUUCUUUCAAAAAGCUCGGGAAGAAUGGGGUUUUAACGGGUAUAUUACCUCCGACUGUGGAGCUGUCGCCUUCAUAUAUGAACACCACCAUUUCACCAAAACUCCCGAAGAUGCAGUAGCGGUUGCUUUUAAAGCAGGACUGGACAUGGAGUGUGGACCAUAUACGACUAUGUUCGGUCCGCUUGCAGUAGAGCAGGGGAAAUUGCAAGUAGAAGACAUUGACAGAGCUCUUUUCAAUUUGCUCUCUGUUCAGAUUCGUUUGGGACUUUUUGAUGGAAACCCCAAAAACAUAAAGCACGGGAACCUAGGACCUUCCGAUGUUUGUACUGCAGAGCACAGGGCGUUGGCACUGGAAGCAGCAAGGCAGGGCACCGUUCUCCUAAAGAAUCACAAUAACUUCUUGCCUCUGGAUAGGAACAGAGUCUCUUCCCUGGCCAUUAUUGGCCCGAUGGCAAUGAGCCAUGCAUUGGGUGGCGACUAUGCAGGACAACCUUGCAACCCAACGAGUGUUUUUGAUGGAUUUCAGUCCUAUGCAAAUAAAAUAUCAUAUGCAAUUGGUUGCCUAGACGGUGUACCUUGCAAGACAAGAGCAGGAUUCGCUGAGGCAGUUUCACUUGCUAGAGAAGCCGAUAUUGUUAUUGUUGUUACUGGACUUGACACGUCUCAGGAAGCUGAAGAACUUGACCGUUACAGUCUCCUUAUGCCAGGAUACCAAAAGGACCUUGUUACGACAAUUGCAUCUGCGAGCAAAAGACCCUUGGUUUUACUUGUUACUGGUGGUGGACCAAUUGACUUGGCAUUUGCCGAGAAAGACUCACGAAUUGCUAGUAUUUUGUGGAUUGGUUAUCCUGGAGGAGAAGCUGGGGGAAACGCAGUUGCAGAGAUUAUUUUUGGAGAUUUUAAUCCAGGUGGAAGACUACCCAUCACUUGGUAUCCAGAAUCGAUCACUAAAAUACCAAUGACUGACAUGAAUAUGCGACCUAAUCUCUCUCGAAAUUAUCCUGGGAGAACUUAUCGAUUUUAUACUGGAGAAAAGAUAUACGAAUUUGGACACGGUUUAAGUUAUACAAACUUCACGUACAAGCUAUUGUCUGCACCAAACAAGUUGGGCAUACUGCCGGGUUUUAUCAAGGCUGCAGCACCAAGAAGGAUUAAGGCACUACAACAAACAAAUGGCGAGCUUGAUUACAUUUACGUUGAUGAAUUGGAAUAUUGUGAUUCCUUGAUAUUUAAUCUACAGGCUUCUGUGAUGAAUAGUGGCGACGUGGAUGGAAGUCAUGUUGUGAUGUUGUUUUCUAGAGGGCCAAAAUCUUCGGAAAUGGAGGGUGCUCCAGAAAAACAGUUAAUUUGGUUUGAUCGUAUUCACACCAUAGCCCGUAGGUCCACUGAAAUCAGCGUCACCAUAAAUCCUUGCGAACAUUUUAGCUUUGCCGAUGUGCAUGGAAGAAGAACAUUACCCCUCGGAAAUUACACACUCAUACUCUGGGAUCUAGAGCUUACUAUUUCAAUUAAUAUAUAACUGUAACAUAUAUACCUUGUUCUGGAUUAAGGUGAGACACCCUUUAAGCGGGCACUGUGGACGGCUGGUUUGCUUCUUGUCGUCCGUAAUGGUAGUAAGCCGUUCAAUUAAUUCCCUUUUUGUUUGAUGGGAAUGUAAUGUUCAUCACUCUCAUUUAUUGGAUUGGAAAAAGGUGUAGUUGGUAUUCUUUUAUUAGCUAUAA